UGAACUGACUUCACUUUCCAGAAUCCCAUCCAAGUUGUGCAAUAAACAUUUUAUUUUCGCACGUGACGGUUAAUUAUUGAAAAUGGCUUUGCGUGUUCAAUUUGAAAAUAAUAAUGAAGUUGGCGUGUUUUCUAAAUUAACUAAUUCAUACUGCCUUGUCGCGAUUGGUGGCUCAGAGAAUUUUUAUAGUGUUUUCGAAGGUGAGUUAGCCGAUACUAUUCCAGUUAUUCACACUUCUAUAGCCGGCUGUCGAAUAAUCGGGCGCUUAUGUGUUGGUAACAGACAUGGUCUUCUGGUACCCAAUGGUACUACAGAUCAAGAACUACAACAUCUCCGGAACUCUUUGCCUGAAGACGUCAAAAUUCAAAAAGUAGAAGAGCGUCUCUCAGCUUUGGGUAAUGUGAUCGCUUGUAAUGAUUAUGUAGCUUUAACUCAUCCAGAUUUAGAUAAAGAAACCGAAGAAAUACUUGCUGAUACAUUGAGAGUGGAAAUCUUCAGGCAAUCUAUUGCAAACAACGUUUUGGUUGGAAGUUACUGCGCACUAAGUAAUCAAGGAGGACUUGUACAUCCGAGAACCUCUGUUGAAGAUCAACACGAGCUAUCUUCCUUAUUACAAGUUCCCAUAGUAGCUGGUUCCAUAAAUCGUGGAAGUGAUGUAAUUGGUGCUGGAAUGGUUGUCAAUGACUGGUGUGCAUUUUGUGGAUUGGACACAACCAGUACAGAAAUAUCUGUCAUCGAAAGCAUUUUUAAAUUGGGCGAUGUCCUCCCAUCUGCUAUCACAUCAGAUAUGAGAGCCUCCUUAAUUGAAAGCAUGGCUUAAUUGUCUCCAAAGAAUAAAAUAAAUAGAAAAUCUUCUGUU